AUGAUUAUGGAAGCAGUCGGCGAAGAUAUCGAAGACGAUCAAGAUCUUAUUCUCCACGAUCUUCAAGGCGUCAUCGUGAUGAUCGCGAUAGAGACCGAGACUCUGAAAGGUAUCGUGAAAAAGACCGUGAUAGAGAAUCACGGUCUAGACGACACCGUUCGCGAAGUACCUCUCCUUAUGAAAACCCCAUAUUUUCUUAUGGAUAAGUUGAAGUUUGAAAUAUUUUAUCGAAUGGAUUUGGGCAUGUGCUUUGAAAGUCUAAUGAAUUUUUUUUUCGGUUCACGUAAUUCACGAAAAAAGGACGAACGAGAUAAAGAGAAACGCCGCAGCAAAAAGGAAGAUUCAGGAAAUCGUGUAAAGGACGAGUUCGUGGAUGAGAAGGAUGACGAUAAAAGGGAAGGAAGCGAAAGAAGAAAAGAUGAAUCAGAACGAAGUGAUCGUGAUAAAGAUAAAGGAAAAGACAGAAAGAAGAGACGACACAAAAGCGAUGAUGAUAGCCCAGAUAAACGAGAGAAAAAGACUAAGGGCAAAGAAGAGACAGCACCGUAA